AUGGUCGUAAAACUGCAAGAAGUCGAGCCAUCUGCAACUAAAAAAACGGUGGUGAAGAAAUUAGAUUCUAUGCGUGGAUGUUUCCGUAAAGAAGCGAAAAAAGUGAAAGCAUCGAAGACUACAGGAACAGGUGCUGAUGAUGUCUAUGUACCUCAUUUAUGGUACUACGAACACCUCCUCUUUUUAAGCGAUCAAGAAAUAGCUAGGGACAGUAUUUCAAACAUGACUGAAUCUACUGAGAAGAUGCAGAUGAGUACUUCAAGGCAAUCGCAGGUUGAUUCAGAUAUUGAUGCAGACUCAUCACAUGACUCAACUCCUGCUGAUACGGCAAUUGAAGAAGUUGGGGACCAUACAAGACCUCUUCCAAGAACUUCAUUUGCCCGUCGAGGAGCUGUACCGGUAACGAUUCCUAAUACGAAGAAAGUGAAAAAGACAAAACAUGAUGACAUCAUGAAACAACUGGAAGUUGAACUGAAUAAACCUGAAGACGACGAUGACAUUAUAGGACGAAACAUUGCAAAUAAACUUCGGAGGCUGCCUGCUGAAAUCAAAAUCGUUACCGAAAAACUAAUAAUGGACGUGUUAUAUGAAGCUUUCUUGGGAAAUAUAAAUAAAUUUACAAGAAUAACUUUCAAUAACCACAAUGCUGCUGUUCUUGAAAAUCGAUCAUCAGGGAGCUCAUCCUUGGGAACCUAUGGUACCCACUUCCCACCGGUCGUUCCUCAGGACUCUAGCGAUUGGCCACUGGGUGAUGCUGUUAUUAGCAAAAAACCUCGAGCUUUGACGACACUCAAAGAAGAUAGCCCGCUCAGUAUAAGCGAGCACUGUACUGAGUGUAAGUUUUUAUUCGCAAAACGUGGGAACAAGAGGAAUGAUAAAUUAACUAAAAAUUAUAAAGAAACUUUGGAAAUGACUCAAGAAUACGAAGAAGGCAACAGCGAAUUAGGAUCUUUGAUUAUGUCUAAUACAGAUAAUGAUAUUCAAGCAAAACCUGGCAAUCAGAGGACUGGGAAUAAUGAAUUCAAAAAAGCUAGUGCAAGCAAUAUAGGCACAGAGGCAGCUAGAGUAUCUAGCGGAAGCCUAAAACAAUUCUCUGAAGCCAAAGAAACAAUUAUUAACUUUCUAAGUUCCUCUAAAGGAAGUACGAACAGGAAAAAAGUAGCGACAGAAUCACUGGAACAAAUGACCAAUGCCUUCACUGAGUUAAUGACAUACAUCACCCAGAAGGCCACAGAAAAAAGAGUAACUGAGAAACUAGCUGACUUACAUGAUAAAUUAGACAUAAGUAGUGGGAGAAUUGACACUAUUAAGAAACCAACAUACGCAGAAAAAGUAGUCGGCAGUGCAAAUUUUAAGUCAGGAAAAAUACCUUCAGGAAACGGAUAG